AUAUCAAAAACAUCACAAAACUUAAUGAAAUCUAAAUGCGUCUCGAUGGUGAAUUGGCUUUUUGGGCCUCCAAGCGCCCCCUGGUGGAAUAACGACGUUCACAACAGCAUUUUCAGCUCAAUCUUCUGUGACAGGGGAGGGCACGGGGAACAUUCUUUACUCCAAGCACAUUGUAUGGCAGAGGACUGUGGCAUCGUAGUGCAGACUCAUUUUUACUGUGAUACGGACACGGGAGAUACUGACGAGGGAUGAAUCCUCUUCCAGCCCGUGGAUGCGCCCUAACCGUGUCCAAUGGAUCUCCCCGGCAUCAGCAACGCGACUGUGGACAUGUCGGGCUCGGGCUUCAUCUUAGAGAUCGUGACCAUCAAAGCCGUUGUAAACAGCCUGAGCACUCAGGCCAGCAACUAUACAGCGGGCGAGGAGCCCAGCAACACCCCGGUGAGGAGAUCGGAGGGGAACUCGGUUCUCCAGGGCAUCGCGGUGGCUUCGCAGGCGCUGCUGCUCCUGGCCAUCUUUUUACUGUCCAGUCUGGGCAAUUCAGCGGUCGUGGUGGUUAUAAUCAAACACAGGCAGUUGAGAACCGUCACUAACGCGUUCAUCAUGUCCCUGUCCCUCUCGGAUUUCCUCACGGCUGUUCUUUGUUUACCCUUCUCCUUCAUGAUGCUCUUCAGCAAGGAUGGCAAGUGGAUGUUUGGGGAGCCCUUCUGCGUUGCCAACGGCUUCUUCAACACCUGCUUCGGCAUCAUCUCCACCCUGACCAUGACUCUCAUCUCAUUCGACCGCUAUUAUGCUAUCGUUAGGCAGCCGCAAGCCAAAAUCGGCCGCAGGAGAGCGAUGCAGCUCCUGGCGGCCGUUUGGUUUGCAGCGGUGGGUUUCUCGUUUCCUUGGUACCUGCUUAGGGAGACCUCCAGGCGCUUGGUGGUGCACAAACAGGGGUUUUACCAUUGCAUGUACGUGUUCCACUCUGGCACCUCCAGGAUGGGUACUGAAUACAGUGUAGCUUUAAUAGUAGUGUGUUAUCUGCUUCCCUUCGCCCUCAUGUGCUUCUGCCACUACAACAUCUGCAAAACCGUCCGACUGUCGGAGAUCAGGGUGCGACCGGUGACCACUUACGCGCACCUGUUGCGCUUCUACAGCGAGAUGCGCACCGCCACCACCGUGCUCAUCAUGAUCGUGUUCAGCAUCUUCUGCUGGGGGCCCUACUGCCUGAUGGGCAUCAUCACCGCGCUCGGGAGCUACUCCUUCAAUCCUGCUAUGGACACCGUGGCCAUCUGGAUGGCGUGGGCUAACGGUGCCAUCAACCCGCUGAUUUACGCCAUAAGGAACCCGAACAUAUCAAUGCUGUUGGGUCGCAGCAGAGAGGAGGGAUACAGGACUAGAAACAUCGCUGCGUACCUGUCCACGCAGACGCAGCGCAGGGACACGGUCCGGAACCGGGCGGACCGGACUAGAGACCGGUACGUGAGCCACCACGGCGCAAACAGCCGUCUGUCUUCCUCCAGCCCGACCAACGGCGGAGAUGUGGCCAUGUGGGCCUGUAAAAACCCGGCGGUGUUCUUCUGCAGAGAUGCGCAUCCGGACACGAUCACUGAACCGGCGGUGCCUAAAGCUUUGACUGCUGACACCAGUUUGUAACGCGCUCACACUUUAUGAUGACGACGUGGGAGCUAAAAUUACUUAAAAAUGUCGAUUUUCGUUUCUUGCAUUGGAUAACAAAAUGUCAAGUCAUGUUUACACAUUUAACACAAACUUUUCUAAUGCAAUGCUAUUAAUGCAUCAAGUGUAAGUAUAAUUGACUUCGAAUGUAUCUCUUUUCAGUUCCUUUACUUUCAAACUCAUUUUGACAUAGUCUAAAUAUUUUUUUAUGAUUUUAUAUGACAUUCACAUUGGUUUCAUAUACAGUACCAGAGGCUGUUUAACCUAGAACCUUAAUAGAAUUCUCUUGUUAAGUGACAUUUAUGCUGUUUUUCUGUUGUUGUUUUUUUUGUUUUUUUUAUCUUCCUUUUCUUGGGCCAUUUUAUCUUAAAAGAGCUAAAGUGUUUUAUUAAAUAUUCUGUUAAAUAACUAAGCUUUUGUCAAAAAGAGCCGACAAUCGCCAAUCUUUAAGUUGUUGAUAACAUUUUUCAAAAUUUUUCUCUAGGGGUUCACUUUUGAUAUAUGUAGCUAAUAUGCAAAUUUGUAGAUUUAAAUUUUUUGCGUUUUUAAGUUUUUAUGUUUUCAUUUAUUUAUUUAUUAAGCUACGUUCUGUAGUUUUUUUUAUAACGAUUUGAUCUUACGUAUUUUAUUACAGCAGUAUACCUCCCUUCAGAUUUCAGUAAAUCACAUGCAUUUAAAUAAACUGGAACACUAAUCAAAGUUUCAUGUCAGUUCCAAAUAUCUGAAUGUUCAUUACCUAAUAAUAUUAUUAUAUGAUGUUUAAAUAAACAUUAUUUUGUGUGUGUUUUUAAAGCUGAUGUAGUAGACUAAUAUAGACGUCACUAGCAAACUCUAAAAGUGAUGCUUUACAGAAAAAAAAAACAUAAACCCCGCCCCCAACUCACGCCAUUGGUCGAGUCAGUAGGACUAGGCUCGCUCUUUUCAUAACACUGUUAAAACUUUACAUUCUUCAGCUUUAAAUAUAAAUAGGCCUACAAGUAAAAAUAUCAAAGUUUGAAUGUAAAUUAAUUUAAGAUGCAUAUUAUAUGCAUUAUAUUAUUUAUUAAUAAUUAUUAUGUACAUUUAUAAAGUGUUACCAUCUUUUUACAUUUAAUUUUUCAACCUAUAUUUGAAAUCAGACUCUCCAAGCAUGAGUUUAUUAAUGUUAUGAAUUAGCAGAUAAAAUGUGUAGACUAAUGUGAGGUGUGCCAAGAUGAAAGUCACUCUUGAAUGCAUGAAUUAAUGUAAAUGCUUUAAAACACUGUGAAUGAACUGAGGAGUUUACAGUAAUCUCUCUCACAGCCUUAAACCAUAUCCAUGCUGUUCAUCAUCUACACUGACCUGGAAAAUUACCAGUGAAACAUAUAAGAGUUGAGAGAAUUGUAUGACUAUUUAAUUAAACAAUCAGUCAUAAUGACAUGGUCGUUUAAGAAAUAGGGUUUUUUCAUAGUAAAAUGUCUUAGCUUUAAGAUUUACAAAAUUAAAUCUUUUGGAUUGCCUUUUUCUGUAAUC